UGCAAAAACGAAAAACAUUUUCCACUACAUAAAAAAAUCAGAAGAUAUCUUGAUCCAUACUCUACAUGUGCACGAAAACCGAUUUUGAAAAUAUUGCUUCGUUAUUUAAUAAAAGAUCAAAAACCAAAAAGUGAGGAAAUGCUUCCAGUUUCGCCUUAAGAAGAAAUGCGCAAGAUUUACCAUCUAAGAGAUUUCACCAAAUCACUGAAUUCUUUCAAGAACUGUUUAACAAAUCUCUUUUGAAUAUAUUGCAAAAAUCGGUUGAGGAAUAUUUCUAAACCUUUCCCAAAGUUUUUUUUGGGUUAAUUGCAAGAAAUUGCUUUUACAUUUCCACCUACAAUGACAUCCAAACAUUCUAAAAAAUCAGGAAAAAAUAUUCAGGAGUUCAAUCAGUAAUUCCAAUGACCGUUAAAUUCCAUCCACAGUUUUGAAUUUGAACUUGGAUAUUUGUGCUGGUGGUGUAGUAGUAUUGAGAUUUCGAAAUUCUUCUCUUCCUUCAAAUCGUUCUAGCAUUCCUCCGUUAAAUUCAUUUGUAGUUUCUCGCAGAGUUUUUCCUUGAAAUUAUCAAAGGUUUUUGUUUUCUGGCUUUCUCCAGUUUACCUAGAAUAUCCAGAGGUUUUUACUUAUUUGCUUCCAUAAAUAGAUCCUUCCGAGGUUUUUCAUGAUUUCAGGUUUUCGACGUUUUUCACAGGGUCUCUGCUAGAGUAUGUACCCGGAAUUUGUUUCUCGCUGAAUUCCUCCCGGAGAUCUCAAUUUUUUUAAAAAAUUCUUCCGGGAAUUUCUCUCAGUGGUUUUGGGAUAGUUUUCCAGGAGUUCAUUUUGGAAUUUCCAGGGAUUUCUUCCUGAGACAGUUUUCAGAUUUUUCUCGUGAAUGUCGCAGGAUUUCGUACGUAGUUCCCCCCGGAUUACAUUUAGAGGUUUCCAGAAUUAAUCCUGGGAAUAAUCCCCAAACUUUUUUCCGAGGUGUCCCAGUUUCUCUCAGGAUUCCUUUCGUAGUUGCUCUAGAGAUUACUCCAAUAAGUCUUUGCGGAGAUUUUCGCAAAAAUUUGACCGGGAUUCCUUUAGAUAUUUCUUCGGGAAUUUCUUACAAGAAAUCACGUAAGUUGUCUCAGGAGAUAUUCCGAACAAACAAACUCUUUGAAAAAAUUCAGCAAGAACUUCUGGAGCAAUUUAAAAAAAAAUCCAAAAAGGAGCAUCCAUAAUUCGGGGAUAAUUUCUGGUAGUGAUUCCAGGAAGGGCUCUGGGAAUAAUCACGAGAAAAUCUGUAAAAAAAAAAUAAUCUCAGGUGGAUCACUGCAAGAAAUUAGAUAAUCAACUACAAGGAAAAUCAUUGGUAAAUAUUCGAAAAAACACGGCACGAACUUUCUGAGAAAUACCAGCAGUAGCUGCUGCAGAAUUCCCAGAAGAUUCUCUAAAACAUCUUAGGAGAAUGUCUAGGAUAAAUUCUGGAAAACUCUUAGAGACAUCACAGAUCAACACCGUAAGGAAUCUUUCUCUCCCGAAAUCCCGUGAGAACCUUUGGGAAAUAUACCAGCUGAAACUUCUGUAGAAAUCCAAUGAGAAACUCUAGAAGAAAGCUAAAUUUCUUGAAGAAAUCACAGAAGAGACCUAGAAAAAAAAUCCCAGAAGGAAUUCCUGCAGAAACCGUUGGAGGAGCCUUACAUAGUAGAAAUCCCAGGAAAAACAUCUUCUAGAAGAAUCCCGAGAGAAAUGCUAACAGAAAUUCCGCGACAACAUCAGCGGUAUCCUGAGAGUAACUCUUGUGGAGAUCUCAGUAUGAAUCCAGGUAGAAACCCACGGGAGCUCUGAGAGCAACACUAAGAAAAUCUCUAGAAAAAAAUCUGUGUGAUCUGUAUGAUAAAUAGUCUAGAAUUCAGUACAGUAGACGUUCGCUCGGUGCAAACGCUUUAACUGCAAUGCUUUUUAGCUGCAAGUCCGCUAAUUGCAAUAAUUUUGCAGUUAUCGCACCGCCAUCCGUCCAAAUGAGAUGUCAACAGCGAUGCGAUGUUUUGCACUGACAGUUCUUUUACGUCUGUCAGUUGUUGCAGUUAUCAAAUUUCAUUCGGUAAGUGAAACGUAAACAUGUUGCAAUUAUCGAACGUCUACUGUAUGUAAAAAUUCCAGAAGAAAUCAAUCAGAAUUUCAGAAUAUUGAAGAUUCUCAAGGAAGAAUUCCGGAAAGAAAAGUUCGAAUUUUGGAAAAAUGCCGGUAGGAAUCUGGAAGAAUCUCUGGGAGGAAUUCAAAAAGGAAUACCAAGACAAAUGGGGUGAAUAAAUACGGAUGGAAUCGUGCAAAAAUCCUGGCAGGAAUUAAAUUUCAAGAGGAACCUCCAAAGAAAUUCCAGAAAUGACAGACUUUCGUUGUAGCCGACUGUCUAGAUCGAUACACCAACACUAUAAAAUCGAAAACUUUUCUAUUCAGAUCCAUGAUGUAAUAAACUCUAUGGACUCUAUUUUUGAUUAGAUCUACGAAUAAUAAAAUUUGCUUCUUUUUAUUCUUACGACCCAAUGUUUUAUUGUUUUUUCAUCGGUGCAAAAUUUUCCUGAGUAUUCACGAUAUUCCCUGAGUAUUCCAGGGUUCAGGGAUGGGAACACUCACUUUUAUAGAUUUACACUCACUUACUAUUUUCUCAGCUCAGAAACGUGCAAUCAAAAAACAAUGUAUGGACGACUUUCACCUUGUGAUUUUGUCUAAAAGUUUGCCGAAGAGAGUAGGAGUCGCACAUGCAUACCAAAGUCGUGACAGAGCUGUGAAGACGACUCUCCACGAGGUGAGUGUAAUUUACAUUCACCUCGUGGAGAGUUGCCUUCUCAGCUCCCUCACGACUUCGAUAUGCGUGUGCGACCCCCACUUUAUUCGGCAAACUUUUAGACAAAACCAUUUGCUAAAAGUCGUUCAUACAUCGUUUAUUGAUUGCACGCUUUUGAACUGAGAAAACAGCAAGUGAGUGUUACUCUCUGCAAGUGAGUGUUCCCAUCCUUGCCAGGGUUUUCCCUUUUUAAUAAAAUUCCCUGAGGAUUCCCGGGUUUCCAGGUUUUUCCAGGUGAUAGAGACCCUGCUUAAGGACGUGCCGGUAAAUUGGUAUAUGGGGCGCUGGAAUUUUAAAUCCUUGAGUAUUUAGCUCUUAUUUUGUCAUGACAGUACUGGCCUAAAAUGAGUUUUAGAAAAGAAUAUCCUUAGAAGAAACAUGCGACGUUGUGAGUUUUUCAUCGAUUUUCUCUAAAAUCUAUAGCAUUGCGAUGACGGAAGUAGCAAUUCACUAAAACAAAAAAAAACAAGCUCACACCGAUUACGCCGCUGCCGCCGCUGCCUAAAAUUAUAAUAAACGCCGCCGCCUGUGAAAUCUGCUUCGGUGCAUACGUCUAAGCAAAAGCUUCUUGACGUGUAAGAUUAAGGUGGUGACCAAUCGAUCAACUUUACAGCGCAAACCGACAUUCGGUUCUUCAGAUUUGUGCUCCUAAAAAAUCAAGGUGUGGCUUCGUCAUAUAUUCACCUUAGUGGGAUGAAAAGUUUGACUUGACAGAAUCUAAAAUGCUUAUUUUAAGCCCCUUUGGAACAUUCAAUAAUAUUUAUGUCUUUUUCUUAAUAAUAUCGCAGUGAAAUGGUUAAGCACACAGAUGUGAAGCUCCUUGGACAUAACUAAGUACUUUAGGGUGGGUCAACGUUGUAUGGGAAAAUUUAAAAUUGAUCAGAUUCAAUCAGAUCAAAGAUUUUCGGAUGCACUUUGAGGUCCCAAAUAACUGUGCAAAAUUUGGGCAUGAUUGGUUUAGCCUACAUUUUGCGCAUCGUGAUUGAAGUUUGUAUGGGAUUUUACAUGGGAAAUCAUACUUUUUCGUAUUUUUCUUGAAAGUUGCUCAAAAUUGUUCUAUACCAUAUCAUCGCUAAUGUUGAAGUAUAGCUCAGGAUGUGUCGAAGAUUGCAAAGCGAUCCGAUCUAUGUGGAAAAAGAUACACUCUUCGAAAGUCAGGCCAAAUAUUUAGAUUUUAUUAAGGUACACCGGGGCAAGUUGAAACACGAAGUUUUGAAAUAGAUUUCAAUACAAUUUGAAAAUUUAUCCUUCGCUAAAAGAUUGUUUGAAUCAAAAACUAUGUGUUAUGGCGAUAAAACUGAAUAUCAUCAUUAGAAAACAUCAAGUUAACCCGCUGUUUCAUCUUGCCCCACCCGUUUCAACUUGCCCCGGUGUACCUUAUUGAUGUUAUUCCUUUACAUGUUAAAAGAUAAGCACACUCAGGCGAUCAGUAGGUUAUAACUUUUGUUACAAGUCGCGGAUCGCUUUGCGGUCUAAACUUUUACGAAAUCGGUUGAAAAAUUUCAGAAUAAUUUUAUUCCUUUCACACUCAAAACAGAUUUGCGGGCUCGGCAAAAACGCGCACAGCCGUCUGCUCAGUAAAACUAUCAGCUGAUAUCCCAGCAAAAAGUGACAUUUGUUAGCUGACUCUCAGCAAAACGAUUGCCGAAGCUUAGCAAUAAACUGUCAAAAUUGCUGAGAUCUCAGCAAAAUUGUUGUUUGCUGAUUACUCGGCUGUGCAAAUCUCGGCAAAAGAAUGGAAAAAUGCUGAUAUCCCGGCAAUCUGAAUUAAGUGUGUUAUAAGGAAAAUGCAAAAAAGUGAGUUUUCCCAUAUAAAAUCCCAUACAAAUUUCAAUCGCGAUGCGCAAAGUGUAAGCAUGACUGAUCGCGCUCAAAUUUUGUACAGUUGUUCAGGACCCGAAAUGGAGUCAAAAAAACCUUGAUCUAAAAAAAAAACGACCUCUAUGACCCACGCUACUAAAUAAAAAGGUAUACUUUUAGCGAGACCUGAAAGGUUCUUAAAGCAUGUCUCAGAAUAAUGUAGAAAAAUAUCUGUGGCUUGCUUUGUACUUCUUAGAUUUAAAAGGUAUUACUUUCUUAUUGAUAUAGACAAACAAGCAAUGCGAAAUUAAUUUGUGGAAUUUGUGGUGACGAGUGUCUUAUCCGCGCACCUUUAUACAUUGCAAUCGUGUGCAUACAUGCAACUGUGCGGCGGCGACAGUCGGUACAUGCUCUGCUGCGCAGCAGCCGAAUAGUCAGUUCGUUAUACACUCUUGUGCUUAUCACACGCGGCUACCACAAGUGGCGACGAGGAUGAAAAAAAAAGUUGAAUGAUUUGCGGAUAAAGCAGAUCUUAUUUAUUUUGUUUAUUCAAUCUCGCUUGAGUGUCGAUCAAUGCAUCAGUGAUUUUAUAAUUUUCGUUAUAUUCUGUGUCAUAUUCAAUGAAAGCGGUUGAAAAAAAAAAUAAUGAAGAAAGAAAUAAUGUUGUGCGGGUGUUGUCGCAGCGUUGCAGUUUUUUUCUGUUGAUUUUAGUGAAAACAAAUGCUAAUAGAACAAAAGAGAAAAGUCAAUAUUUGAAGCAACAGAAGAUUUUGAUUUGCUUCACAGUGAACAGCGGAAAAGUGGUGAUACGACGCCGCGACCGUUUUGUGCAGGCUUUGUGCGAAGGUGGUGACCUUGACACAUUGUUUUCUGCAUGCGGUACCGAAAUAAAAAAGCGUUCUAUAAUAGUGAGUGUGUGGCAUUGCGGCUAAGCAGCGAAGGAAAGGCGGAUGGGAUGGCUGUUAUGAGUGAAUGCAGGUAAUGCAAAGUGAUGUAUUGGGAAAGCGAUGUGGCUUUUUGUAAUAACGGAAAGGUGAGUAAAAUAAAAUCUUUACGUUGAUGUUCUUUCGAUACACUGCGUAAAGCCGUGUUGGAAGUUGUACUAAAAGGUGUGUAUCUAUGCAAAACCAUUUUAAUAGUGAUUGGUAUUACAUAGCUUUCCAAGACUUGUUUAAAAUGCAUUUGGAAUACUUUGGAAAGUUGAAGUUUUAGAUGUGAGAUGCUGAAAAUUAUGUCGUAUCAUGUAUCACGAGAAAAAUGCAGAUAAACUUGCAGAUGCAGAUUUGCAUCUAGCAAUAAGAAUGGUCUUAGUAUCGUAGUGAAUUAAGCAUGACAAAGUGAUUCAUGUCACGAAGAGCUUCGAUGGUAUCGUGAUUAAAUUCACUUGAGCUGAAAAAAAAAAUAUGAAUGUGAAGAAUUGUGAUUGAACUCACUGAUGACAUCGAUAAACUUCUGAAAGGAUUAGCUUAAGAGUGGUUUUACAAAAAAAAAACUGUUACUAUCAAGCGCUCUGCGAAUGUUCUUAUACAUAAUAUUAAGUCGUUGUAUCCUGACAUGACUGGAUGCUGUGUUUAUCAUACAACUCAGGGGCAGUGGCCGUUCUCCUCCAUACCUUUUAAGACAGUCAUGAUCAUGCGGUAUUAAGAUACAUUUUACAAUUCCGAGCGUGGACAAAUUCAAAGGUAGGGAAAAAUAUGUACAUGUGUGUUGUUUGUAAGACAUUUGCUAAAUCCUUUAUGAAUCGCUAUUUCUUCUAAAGGUCAUAAUUCGCACAACGUUAAAUAUAUUGUUUCAUUGGACGGAUAAGGUUAAUUAUCGAGGUGCUAAUCGUUUCAGGUAAAUAAAAAAAAAUCCAAAAUUUAUUAUCUGGUUGUUGUGCAGUAUCGAUUGUUGCUCCAAUUCUCAAUUCUUUCAAUCAUAGUCCUUAUUACAUUGCUGGAUCUAUUCCUUCUUCGUAAUAAUAGAAAAUUGUGUAAGCCACACUACCCAAUUCUCGGUGAGCUAUGUUGCCAGGAUUGCCAUAAGGAUAGUUGCCAAAACAGAUGCUGAUGCAGAACAAAUGCACCUUUUCCAUCUCACUGAAAAUAGGAUAACAUUUCUUAAGGUGCAGCACCAAUUAAACACAUACGCAACACUUAGCUGGCAAUCAUUGUUAUCGGCUGACUCGAAAUAUGGGAACAAAAAAAAAACCAAAGCUUUGGACGCGCUUUUCAGUUUGUCGACUUCCAUUUUGCAGUAUUGUCUUGUCAUAAUGAUGAACCUCGAAAUAUCAACAGUGCACGGAAUGGGUUUUGUUCGAGUUGUGAUUAAGUUCACUGCUCACAAAGACACGGUGAUUACAAACACCAAAGAGAGUUGGAGAUUACUGUGAUUAAGUUCACUCGGAGACUACGGUAACACAUGUGAUUAAAUUCACUGAUAAUGUGAGGAACAGAAUGUGACAAAAUUACAGAGUUGUGAUUGAAUUCACUGAAAGUACGUGGAAAAUACUGUGAUUAGAUUCACUUGUAAAUGACAGGAUGCCAUGUGAUUUAAUUCACUGAUGGUGUGAUGAAAAGGAAUUCAUUAAGCCAAUGGAAGUGCAUGCAAGCAGUUGUGAUUAAAUUCACUGAUCAGUUUAGUCCAACUGACUCAUAGAGUACAUAGAACGGUGUGAUUAAAUUCACUACAUUACAGUGAAGAAUACUAGAGUAAAAAAAUGAAACGUGAUUGUACUCAUUAAGAGCGUACUGCACGAACGGUGAUUAUAUUCACUGAGAACAUAUAGAAAGUUGUGACUGAAUGCACUGUUACAUGAAAAAAAGAUAGCAAUGCUUCUGUAUAAAAAUAGUUUCCAUUGGAUGUCGCAGUUAAAAAAAAUAGUUUUUAAACGAAAUAAGGGGUAGCCUACCAAUUAUCUGUACAGUUGUACAGUAAAUAAAACAGUUGUAUGGCAACCUCGAAAUCGCUUUCUAUUAUUCAUUAUUCAUUAUCGUAAUAAAUUUUAUAUGGGGAAGUUCUAAGCAAAAAAAAAUGUAUUCUUUAACUUCAUUUAUAUACAACUAAAAAAAAAAAUGCAACAUAUCUAAGGUAUCCGACAGAGCAUAACUAUUUUGUGAUUAUUAUAUCUGAUAUCAACCACUAGUAUUGUGCAAAGUUUUGAGCAAUUGGUUUACAAAAAGGCUUUAGUUCUGUUUGAAUCACUCACGAGUUCAAAAUAUUUAUUUUUUCUGAAAAACAUGGAAACUUUGGGUAGAUGUCCGGGUUUUUUCAGCUUGUCUAUUAGAUAAAGUUUUGGUUCACCAAUCCAAAGACAGUUCGAUUUCCGUUCCGGUCGUGAUACGACUUCCUGGACAUAGUAUAUCAUUAUGCCUGCUACAUAAUAUAUGAAUUCUUUCAAUGGCAGGCAAAGAAAGUCCUUCUAAACUAAGGAAGUACGCAAAGAAAACUUAAUUGAAGGGAGAGAGGCCAAGUUCCAGUGAAAAUGUAGAGCCGAAGGAAGAAGAAGUAUUCAUCUGUGCAGUGUAUUGAGAAAUUGUGAUUAAAUUCACUGGCAGAGGGUAUGAAAAAUACUGAAAGUAUGCAGGAAGCGCUGUAAUUGAUUCCACUGUUAAGAAAAAAUUGAAAAAAAUAAAUGAUCACCUAGGUUGUAGCAGUGUGGGCGGACGAACUCAUAGCAAUAGGAUGCGUGAAAUGGAGCUUGAUUUACUUAGAAGGGUAGCACAAGAAAAAAAAUCCCAAAGGAUGCGUCAGCGAGGAUUCCUACAUGGAUUCUGUGGAAAUGAGCUAGUAUUAUUGUCAACAUCGGAACACUUGGGUUAUAUAGAUCUUAUAUAACGAGACUAAUACGAUAGACUGAGUUUUAGAAUGAUUACGCCAUAACGACUCCGAAGAAAUAAUCAAUAUAUUGGACCAUUAAUUAAUAGCAGGCUGUACUAUUCCUUUGAGUUGAAAAGAAUUCAAAUGCACUUAAAUUUUCAGACGAUUGGAAGCAGUUUACCAACAUGUUGAACGUGAGAAAUUAUAACUGGUCAAAUAUAUGUGCUCGAAAUGUGAUAACUGUGGAAACUAAGGAAUAGUGUGCAAUUCGAGAGAAUAAAUCCUUCUUAUCGUGCAAUGACAAUAUACGAUCAAAUAAUAACAGUCCCGAGGAAUGAAGGCAGGUACAGUGACCCCACACCGAUAAAUCAUCUUAAUUUUGUACACUAUUUAUGAAUCACCAUGUUGAUCAAAUGAGUGAUCCAUAAACUGUGGUCAUUUUUGCCGAUUCAUAAAUGACUCCACUGUACAUACUAAAUAGGAACAAGCAUAAAGAAUUGUUAUUACGGCAAACCUAGCACCGUCAGUCGUCUAGGCGUGUCGUAAGCCGCGGAGUGAGGGUUCGAUUCCCGCUCCUGUCGAAGAAAACGUUUCGUCAAAAGGAAAAUUGUCCACUGGGUGUUAUUUGUGUUGUCCGUUGCCUAAUGAUAGUGCUUGUUCAGUCUGUGUACAACUUCUGGUUGAAGACGGUGUAGUGUAUUUUAUAUGCUAUUUAAAAAAAAUCCUGAAUGUUCCUGGCAAAAAUACACAAUCAAUGUUUCGCGAUCAUGCGGUUCGAGAGAAACCAUAAAUUGCCGAUUUGAGUGAAGACAAAACAUCCUUUCAUCAAUCCGAGAAGCAGUGACCUAUCGUAGAAUACAGUCCACUUAUACGUAUCUAACAGUGAGCCAAUGGGGAAUGAAUGAAUCGAUGAUUAUUGGAGUUCCUCCAUAAAUGUUACGAUUGCUUAUGGAUGUAAGAUCCCAUCUUGGCACAACUUGUCCAGUAAGAUAGAUUUCGCUUGUAUAAUGCAUUUGGGCGUGUUUAACCGAAUAUUUUGAGUGCACAUCAAUGGAGAGAAGAAUAGUUGCUGUAUUAUAUCAGUGGGUGUUCCUUUUUCUCAAAAGAUAUGAGGAAAUAUUUGUGCUGUUUCACUCCUAUCUCUACAAACUCAGUAGGUAACACAGUAAAGCAGAGUCAAUUUGAAUCCAUUGACAAAUAAUCUUCAAAACCAGAAAAAAUGUUUUUUUUUGGGAAAUAUGGAGGAGGAAAAAGAGCAGACAAAAUGCAGUAGAAGACUUGCUUCAGCAACAACACAAGUGAAUGAAGGAUUAACAUUUGUCCUAACAGCUAUUAUGAAAUGCUGACUGGUGCAAUGAUCAGAAAAUCAUACAGUAGCAAACACCUAUUGUAACAAUACUGCUUUGAAUCAUUCUAUUGUUGAUCAGUCCCCAUGUUCAUUUGUAAUCAGAAUCGUGUUCAGAUCACUUCACUAGAGCACAGCUUUUAAAAUACAAUUGCGCCUGAAAAAGUUUGAACUAUUUGACAAAUGUAGAAUAAAGAAAGGGGGAUGUGGUGACGAGUGUCUUAUCCGCGCACCUUUAUACAUUGCAAUCGUGUGCAUACAUGCAACUGUGCGGCGGCGACAGUCGGUACAUGCUCUGCUGCGCAGCAGCCGAAUAGUCAGUUCGUUAUACACUCUUGUGCUUAUCACACGCGGCUACCACAGAAUUAAAGCAGUAAAAUAUGACAAAAACGUUGAAAAAGGGAGUUGUAAAUGUAUGAAAACUUGGGUCUCAAAAAUAAUAUAUAACAACUGAAAACACUUUAUCAAAAUAUCCCCAACAACUCCCCAUAAUCAACAACCGGCGAAGCAGCCAACGAUGAGAGAUUUAAACGUACUCGGUUUGCUGCCAAGCUGCGAACCCGCGCACCGCGCCGUGAGUCAACAUCCAUGGGAGGCAGCAGCAGUGCGCUCUUUUUCUUGCUUUUCAAGGACAUCUCUGCGCGCGCGGUUUGCUCUCGCGCCUACUUAGCACUUUAGUAGGUACCUAUGCGCGCAAAACCUAAGCAUACGGCUUGCCGGCUAGCUGUAGAAUAGCCGGCCGGAUCGAAUGGGGGAGGUGGGAGCAUUUCUCACAAGCUAGCUUUGCUUAAAAGCCAAACUACUGGGGGAGCGGAAAAAACGCUUUUAGGAGCGAACUUUUUCCCUUCUAUCUCGUUCUUGCUCUCGUCGUCCCGCGCGCUGCUCACUUCCUUCGGACUGAAAAAGAACGGAUGGUCGCUGAUAGGUGCUUCCACCGGAUCUAGCGGCAUGCGCAUGGCAUAGAUGUUUUUCGUUGUGUUGGGGUAGUUGUAGUUAAGUAGUUGCAUAGGGUUGAAAGAUUAUGUUUUCAUACAUUUUCGGAAAACAAACAUUCGCUCUCAUCGGCAAGGCGCUGCUCGGAGAGCGAGAGACGAUUGACUUAGUCUUGGUACGCGUGAUUUGGCGACUUUUGUGAGGAAAGAGUUGAGGUGGCGAGGCGGCAUGGUAAAUAGGGGGUUCGUCGUUUAUUCUAGACUGGGAAUUGAUUUCGAGGUCUUUGAUGGCGGUUUUUGAGAAAAAUCUUACUGUGAAGACCAGUAAGAAUUCAGUGUUCAAGCUGUGCUCGUCCCGAUCGGAGCCCUAGUUCGGUUUACUCGGAGUGAUACCUAGACAGGCGGUUUUCGUCCAACGCUGUCCCAUGUUAGGAGUGAUCGUGCUGUGAUAGAUUUUUUGUCCGUCAAAGAAUCGAGUAUAACAGUGCAGUGCAUCGACAUAGUGUCCUAGAAUUCGCACGUAUCUGGGUGACAUGUGUCAAUAGUUAGUGAAGACACAGUGAUGCCGAAGGAAUUUCCUAUAUAGAUUGCCAUUGAUGGAAACUUGUUCAGUGAAUGGUGCGGUCUGAUUAAUGUAUUAGACACAUAAGUGAAGCAUAAUUUUUCUCUACUUUGAAUGAUUAUCAUUCGAAAUUGUGAAGUGUCAUCAAAAUGAUUACCAUGGAUGUGCGAGAUAACUUUACGGAUUUAACAUGGGCUUCGAACUACAUCAUGAAGAUGGCUUUGGACGAGUACCAGACGGAACAGAACUGGACCCGGUUAAUUUUUCAGUACUGGGAUCUGGUAGAGGAACUGAUUGGAGACCCCCGGGCUAAGGCGCUUCCGUUUAUGGACAAUCCACUGCCGACGUUCGGAAUGAUUGUGACGUACCUGGCCUGGGUUCUGGUGGUUGGACCGACCUACAUGCGCGACCGCAAACCCCUGCAGCUCACCAGGACACUGUUCUACUACAAUCUCUUCCAGGUGCUACUGAGUGCGUAUAUGUUUUACGAGCAUUUGAUGGCCGGCUGGGCGAGAGGUUACAGUUUAACAUGCGAACCGGUAGAUUACUCAGACGGAGAGCUUUCUAGAAGGAUGUUCAACCUGUGCUACGUUUAUUACCUUUCGAAAUUAAGCGAAUUUGCGGAUACCGUAUUCUUCGUGCUGCGAAAGAAGAAAUCGCAGAUUUCCUGGCUUCAUCUGUACCAUCACUCUCUCACUCCAAUCGAGGCGUGGAUUUUGACGAAAUUUCUGGCUGGAGGCAAUACAACUCUUCCAAACAUCAUCAACAACUUUGUCCACACGCUAAUGUACUUCUACUAUCUACUAUCGUCGAUGGGACCUCGCUAUCAGAAGUACCUGUGGUGGAAGAAAUACAUGACCGAGAUUCAAAUUGCUCAAUUCAUCAUCUGCAUUGUGCACGCCAUCAACGCAUUGGUGACGGAUUGUUCAUACCCGAAGUUCAUCACAUCUCUCCUUCUGCUCAACGCUAGUAUAUUUUUCGUUCUGUUCAUGAACUUCUACUGGGAGAACUACAAAAGGACGGCAGCUAAGGCAGUGCCAUCCAAAAAGCUCAUUCUGGUAGAGAACAACAACUGUUUACCACUGGAUUUCUCCAUCGAACGGAAGGAUCAAUGAACAACAGUGACGAAACGUGAACACGCCUAUACAAUACACUGAAAAGUCUGAAAAGGAACCAUAAGUGAUUCGUUCAAGUGCCCGUUGAGGGCACAACGCGCUACCGCUUGUAUAUAGCAGAUUUCAAACGUACUCGAAGUAUUCUACAUUCUAGGAUUAGGCUAGAUAGGGUUAUUUAACGUUAUAGUGUCGUGACUAAACUUGCUAAGUAGAUAUUAUAGGUUUGUAGAUGAAAUAUAUUUCGUUUUCUGUUGGACACCGUUUAGAUCAAGACUGUGAAUAAGAAAAAAAUAUCAAGCUCAAUUUUUUUCUAUAUGCUCAAUUUUGAUUUGUAUCUCUUGAUUGUGAAUAAAGUUAUGCCGAUUUGUUAGCAAAAAAAAUUACGAACAAAACUUCGGCUGCUACUGUUUAUUGCGUAUAUUCACUCGUUCGAUUGACCCUAAGGAAUGGAGCCCUUUAGUUGAGACAACACACGACAAGCGUCUUAUUUCUUAUUCGGAUCAACUGUUUAGGAGAUCCUUUCAAAAUGUUCGACUAUUGAGAAAAGACUCUCGGUCAAGGUCUCGAUUAAUUAAUGUGGGGAGCGGAAUGUACCGUCAAAAGAAGAGUAUUGAAGAAGCAAUUAAUCCGGAUGAAACCAAUCAGAGGUAAGUAUAGGCAUAUCCAAUUACAUCCUAAUUUGAUAACAAAUUAGGGUUACAAAAUCUAGCACUUAUAACAAGUCUUGUGUUAGGAGUUUCUCUAGUUUCCUCCAAGAUUCUAAUUUAGGAAUGCGUAAAAGAGUUUUUUCAGUGUUUUUUUUUGUAGAAUUUAUGCACGAAUUUCCAACAAUGUUCACCAGUCUGUCAAUCGGAGAUACUUGCAAUAACAGAAUAACUUACAAAUAACCUCUAGAGAAACUUCAUGAAGAAACUUACUGUGUUAUCACGCUCGUUGAAAUCCCUAUUUGUGAGAGAAACUUCUAGCAGAUUUCAAGGAUUAGUUGCUGGAAGGAUAUCUACACGAUUUUUUAAGGUGAAGAUCUCCAGCGUCCACUUUCACAACGCAUUUUGUCUCGCAUUUUCUCGAGCACAAAUCCGAAGAGUUGUAAAAUACAAUAGUCUGAGAAUGCUACUUCAUGUUCAUUGCGAGUGAGAAAUCAACAAGUAGAAUUUUCAGAUCAAUUUGUUUGAUGGGUCUCUAGAUCUGUGCACAAAAAAAUUUGAGUAGAAUGACGGCCAUCGUUGUACUUCACCAAACUUUUCUUCCAACGGGGAAUUUCUUAUACAACUUUUAGACCUUUAUUCGAGAAAAAUAACCUAAUUUCAUGUAACAAGCCUUGGGUCAUUCAUUUCUUUGUGUGAAUUUCGCUCGAUAAAAUUAUGAAGCAAUCUCUAAACAAGCCUCUAAAAAUUUUCAGAGAAGUACAUAUCUAGCCAUGAAUCGAAGUUGCGGGGAUGUAAUUCCAGGUGUUGCAGAAAUGCCGCGAAUACAACGUGCCCACACGUCAUUUGUUCAUCGAUUUCAAAUCGGCGUAUGAUACAAUCGAUCGAGAACAGCUAUGGCAGCUUAGGCACGAAUACGGAUCCCCGGAUAAACUGAUACGAUUAAUCAAGGCAACGAUGGAUCGAGCGAUGUGCGUAGUUCGAGUAUCAGGGACACUCUCGAGUCCCCUCGAAUCUUGCAGAGGGUUACGGCAAGGUGAUGGUAUGUCGUGCUUGCUGUUCAACAUUGCGUUAGAGGGUGUAAUAAGGAGUGCGGGGAUAAACACAAGUGGGACGAUUUUUACGAAGUCCAGUCCGUUCAGCUGCUUGGUUUCGCCGAUGAUAUUGAUAUUAUAGGUCGUAAAUUUGAGACGAUGGCACAAACGUACAUCCGGCUAAAGAGUGAUGCCAGGCGAAUCGGAUUAAGUUAU